AUGAAGGCGUAUACCAUCGAAAGUGAAAACAUAUCCGUCAUAAAACGGUUCAAUAUUCAAGGUCGCGUAAUAAAAUUUAAAGUUAAAGCAGCACCAUCACAGCUAGAGCCAAUUGAACAAGUUUUGAAAUACAUUCUUGAAGGAGUUGCCCCCACAGAUCAAAUAGGAUUGACAUUUUGCGAUGAAAGUUUUGAACACAGAGGACCGGGAUGGAGUAACUCUGAAGGUUUAAGCUCUGAUAAAUUUUGUAUAACAGCAACAUGUGUUAAAUUACCACAAGGAACCGGUAAAACUUUAAAAUACACAAAUUUUGAUGACGAAUGCAAACACCGUAGAGGAAUUAUUACAAUUUCAAACAGAGAUAAUUUAUGCUUGCCUCGAGCUUUAAUUGUAGCGAUCCAUCAAGUCGAAAAAUCUGUAGAUUAUAAACAAAUAAUAAAAAUAUAUAAAUAUGGUACAAAAGGAAAAGAUGUAAUAUUUGAAGGAUUAGGAAUAGGGAAAAAAUUAAAUCUUUUAUUUCACAAAAACCAUUACAACAUGAUUACGUCACUUACAGCAGCAUUCAGUUGUAUAUAUUAUUAUGAAGAUUGUCAUGUAGCGUAUAAUAACAAAAAUGGACAUAGAUGUACUGGAUCAUGCCCGUGUUGUCAAAAAUCACCACCAUUCAUUAAACAACAUGAAACAACUUUAUGUGUUUUUGAGCAAAAGUGCGAUCAGUGUAUUGAUAUUGUAUCUUUAUAUUUAUGCGCAAAUUGCAAAAUUAGAAGAAAAAUAAUUGAAAAAGGAAAUAUUAUAGAAACUUUUCUUAACUACAUAUUGGAAAUCAGAAAAAAAUUUAAAAAUAUUAUAGUAAUUGCACACAAUGGACAAGCUUUCGAUCAUCAGUUUAUUUUGAAUUUUAUUUUAGAAAAAACAUCCUUACAAACUAAACUGAUAAUGACGAGUACAAAAGUAAUAAUGAUGGGAAAUAUAAAAUUUAUAGAUUCGUUAAAUUAUUUUCCAAUGGCUUUGUCGAAAUUACCAAAAGCUUUUGAUCUACAAUUUAAUAUGAAGAAAGGGUAUUUUCUUCAUCUUUUUAACACAGCGAAAAAUGAAAAUUAUAUUGGGCAAUUACCCUCUGUAGAAUAUUACAAUCCAAACGACAUGAAAGUAGAUGAGCAAAUUAUUGAAUACUGUGCCAAUGACGUUACCAUUUUAACACAAUCUUGUUUAAAAUUCAGAGAAAUGUUCUUGAAGCAGUGUAAUGUUGAACCAUUUCUAGAAGCAACAACAAUUGCAUCUGCAUGCAAUCUUGCAUUUAGAAGAAAUUUUUUAAAAGAGGACACAAUUAGUUUAAUUCCUAAACAUGGAUACAGAAACUCAGGCAAUCAAUCAAAAGUGGCUAUUCAAUGGUUAGUAUGGGAAGAAGAAAAAAGAAAUAUUAACAUCAGACAUACAGCAAAACAGAAAGAAUCAUUUGUUAACGGUAUAAAAGUGGACGGUUUUUGUUCAGAAACUAAUCAAGUUUUUGAAUUUUACAGUUGUUAUUAUCAUGGACACCCUACUUGUAUACCACAUAACCGAAAUAACAGUUUGCAAGACGAUUCAAAUGAUACAAUGAACACGAGGUAUGAAAGAACUAUUAAAAAAGCUGAAAGAUUACGAAAAUUAGGUUACGAUGUUAUUGAAAUGUGGCAAUGUGAAUUUAAUUCAUUAAUUAGUAAAGAAGAAGCAAGUUAUUUAAAAAAUCAUCCGUUAGUGCAACAUGCACCAUUGAAUCCUCGAGAUGCUUUUUAUGGAGGACGAACAGGAAAUGUCUACAACUAUUAUAAAUGUAAAGAGGAAGGAAAAAUAAAAUAUAUAGACAUUUGCUCCUUAUACCCUUGGGUUUGCAAGUACGGAAAAUUUCCUAUUGGUCACCCGCAAAUUUAUGUCGGGGAAAGUAUUUGUUCUGCUCUAAAACUAAAUAACAUGGACGGAAUUCUUAAAUGUAAAAUUUUACCACCAACGAACUUACUACAUCCCGUUCUCCUACUAAAACAAAACAACAAGCUAAUGUUUUCAUUAUGUCGAAGUUGUAGUGAAGAAAAAUGGCUUAAAGAAUGUUGUCCACAUUCAGAUGAGGAAAGAGCUUUAAUAGGAACAUGGGUAAUUGACGAAGUUGUAAAAGCUAUUCAAAAAGGUUAUAAAAUGUUAGAAAUUUAUGAAGUUUGGGAAUACCAAACUACAAAAUAUGAUAAAAACAUGGAUACACAGGGCUUAUUUACAAAUAUGAUGAACAAAUUUAUUAAAAUUAAACAAGAAGCUUCAGGCUGGCCAUCUAAAUGUGUCACUAAUAACGAAAAAGAAAACUAUGUUAAAGAUUUUUUUGAUAAAGAGGAUAUUCAAUUGGAGCAUGAAAAGGUUUCCAACAAUCCUGGCUUAAGAUCAUUUGCAAAAUUAAUGUUAAAUUCAUUUUGGGGCAAAUUUGGUCAAAGAGAAAAUUUACAAAAAACAUCAAUCAUUAACCAGCCUAGAGAAUUGUACAGCCUGUUAACAAACCCAUCUAUAGAAGUUUGUUAUAUUUUUCCGGUAAAUGAAGAAAACAUUAUAGUUAAUUGGCAGUACAAGGAAGAAGUAAUGGCUUCCUUACCAACAGUUAAUGUGUGUAUUGCUGCUUACACAACAACUCAGGCGCGAUUAAAACUGUACAGUUACUUAGAAAAACUUCAAGAAAGAGUCUUAUAUUACGAUACUGAUUCCGUAGUGUAUAUCAGUCGUAAAGGGAAUUAUGAACCUUCAGUAGGAAAUUUUAUUGGUGACAUGACAGAUGAGUUAGAAUGUUAUGAAUCUGUGUUAAACCCGAAAGCAGACAACGAAAUUUAUAUAUUAUCACAAAAUAUUGGGCGCAACAAAGAACACAAAGUAGUAACGGUUCCGCAAAUAAAAGUAUAUCAACCGAAAUCAGAAAAGCGCAACUUAGUUGUAGAUGGUAGCUCCCUUCCUUACGGAUAUAAGAGGUUAAAACAAAACUAA